UUGUGCCCUGAAUAGAAAUGGAAUUGCAAAAUUCGAUAUAGUGCACAUUUAAAGAACUUAUCAGUCGCUCAUCUUAAAAAGUGCUCUUCUGUGACGACGAAAAGAAAGCUAAAAUUAAGAACACUUAGAUCAAUGACACGCGUAAAAUCUGAGAACACACUCAAAUGUUUUUGUUGGAUUUCGGACCCGUCAUUUGACUCGACUCUCGAGUUACGAAAGAAUUUAAGAGAUUUAAAGGAAGACAUAUUGACACAGAUGUUCUAACUAUUAUCUCCGAGACAUCAACCAAUGGGAUUUCAGCUUCACUGACCAAAUAGGAGCUUUUGGAGUGUCAAACAAUACUUAUCAAGAUGAGCCUGUACAGCAUGUUUGAUGAGCAGACGUGGUCGUAUGUCGUGUUCUUUCUUGGAGUUAUUGCCCUUGUCCUCUACGCCAUGUCCACUUUCUUCAUCAUCAUCUCACAGAUAGGGGGACGCUUCGUACUAUUCAAGAAGGAAGAUUCAGCGCUGAUUCUGUCUGACAAUGUUCCUGGGGUCUCAAUAAUCAAACCUCUGAUGGGAAUCGACCCACUGUUGGAAAUCAACCUAGAAAGCCAUUUCACCAUUAAUUAUCCAAAGUAUGAGCUGCUGUGCUGUGUCCAGGACGAUCAGGAUGCUGCCAUCAACCUUGUCAACAAGAUGAUGGAACGAUACCCAAAAGUGGACUGUAAACUGUUUAUAGGUGGUAAGGAUGGAAUUAUCAACCCAAUGGUGCACAACAUGGCGCCAGCAUACGACAAAGCUCAGUACGAAUAUGUGUGGAUUAGCACCAGCAGAAUUAAAGGAAGUACAGACAUCAUAGUGGACAUGGUGUGUAAACUGCAGAAACCCAAUGUAGCUCUGUGCCAUCAGAUGCCUUUUACAACAGAUCAAAAAGGAUUCGCUCAAUCUUUAGAAAAGACAUAUUUUGGCGGUGCGUUUGCGCGCUACUACCUGGCUUUCAACAUAUUAGGGUUGUGUUGCUGCACAGGCAUGUCCUACAUGUUCAAGAAGUCGCUCUUGGACGAUCUGAACGGCCUCAACUGGUAUGGCAAAUACCUCGCAGAAGAUUUCUACCUGACCCAUGCGCUCCAUGAAAAGGGUCAUCGCCUUGUGCUGUCUGCGUACCCAGCUCAACAGAACCUUGCUUCCACUGCUGUGUCAGGCUACAAGGACCGAAUGGUCAGGUGGCUACGACUGCGUCUCAACAUGAUGCCGUUAGUGAGCGGAUUUCUUGAGCCUAUGACAGAGUGCAUUCCCCUGGGCCUGUUUGCUGCCUGGUCUCUCCACCACUUCCUGGGAAUCAAUCCCUACAUCUUCUUUGGGGGUCAUGUCGUGUCAUGGCUCCUGUCGGACUAUAUUCUCCUGAGGCUAUGCCAGAAUGGGGAGUUGCAGUUCUCCAAGUUACAAUACUCAGUUGCGUGGAUUCUUCGGGAAAUUUUAGCCGUGGUUGUGUUCUUUGAGGCUCUCCUGUCCCCUAGGACAAUUAAGUGGGGAAAGCGAACCUACAAACUGUCCUUGGGCGGUCAUACAGAAAUCUUAACCGAUAAAGGGAAAGUGAAAUUGUAGCACCAAAUAAAUCAAUUAGCCAUUUUUACAUACUUAUUCAUUCAUUACAGCAACUUAAAGCGACCUUGCAAUUAUGUCAGUAUAUUUACAUAUCUCUAUUUCUGCUGCACAAAUAUUUUGCAUACUGGUAAAAAUAUUUUUAUAUAUUUUUUUAUGUAUUUGUUAAUUUAUAUCAUUAUGAUGAAUUUAAUUGACUACUUAAAAAAGACUUACAAAAGGAGUCUUGAUUUUCUCAAAGGCACAAAUUGAUUGAAGAGCUAAAUUUUUUAAGUAGGGUUGAAAUAACAUUAGUAAUUAUUGUCUCUUUGUCUUACAAAACAUAAACAUGAAGUCUUUUAUUGUAUUGAAAACAAUAAUUAUCAUGUUAUUAUUUAUCAUGUUAUUAUGUUGGAAAGAAAUUACGGUAAUUACCGUAACCUUUUUGAAGGUGGAAAAUAUUUAGAAUGUUGUGUAAAUGUUGUAAGUGUGUCAUUAUUUACAAAUUCGGCUUGAGUAAUGUGGUCAUUGCAUUACAAAUAUCUUACUGUGUAAGAAACAUCACUGCUUGAAAACAUUCCUAAAGUAACUGUUGAGUUGUUAUUAAUAUUGUUGUGAAAUUAUUGUAUAUAGUAUAUGGAAAUGUAUUGUUCUACUCUGGUUAUUGUAUUUGCAUGGGUACAAAUGAAAGAUGUCUGGGAAAUUCACAUUGCCGAAUAAUUAUGAUAAAUAUUGAAUUCCAAUUCACAGAAAUUCAUUGAAUAUUUUUGUAGUAGUUUUAAGUAGAAGUAAAUAGAUAUUAACAAUUUAAACUGUAUAUUGUUUUGUUAUGGUAAUUGAGAAAAAGCAGUUUUAAGUAUGUGUUCAAACAUUUUGAUGAAUCUUUUAAAAUUGAAAAUAAAAAUGGAAGUAUUUCCAUCUUGAUAAGCCCGUUUGGUAAUUAUCUGGAAAUUAACACAACAUGUUUCUGGGAGAAGUAAUCAGCCAGUCAGGUAUUCUUUUAUUCUAGUUUUAUUGUCAUCUAUCAACAUGGUUUUGCAAACAAAGUAUUAUAUUGCUCUCUGUAGGAGUGAUUCCUUUUCUUUCAUAUUUCCAAAGCUUGCUUUGUUGAACAUUUUAAACAUCUAUUUAGCUUAUGGCCAUGGAUGAAAGUCUAUAUGAGUUGUGUUCUGAGAAAACAGGACUUAAUGCAUGUGCGUAAAGUGUCAUCCCAGUUAAGGCAGAAAGUGUCGUCCUUGAGUAGCCUGUGUGGACUGCACAGGCUAAUCAGGGACAACACUGGAUUUUCGUGUAGAAGAGACUUCCUUUAAAGGAAAAAUACCAUAAAAGUGGAAAGUGUCGUCAAUGAUUAGAACAGGCUAAUCUGGGAUGACACUACGCACAUGUAUUAAGCCCAGUUUUCUCAGAACGCGGCUGAUAUGAACAUACAAGUACAUUCAUGCUAAUUAUAAGAUGAUUUGAAUCUCUUUUUAAUGAUAUUUUAAGUUAUUGUAUAUGUGAGUGCCUGUACAGUAAGGCUGUAACAAGUGUUUGGUUUCAAUUCACAACUUAGAGAUGGCAUGAACAGUAAUGGUUGGUUGGGUCAGUGGAAGCAAACAGCUUGUCAUUUGAAGCUUUAUCUGGUUUUAAGGGUAAUUAUUAUGACAAAUAUGCCAUAUCAUACAGUUGUCUCAAAAAGUUUGCCUAUUGGAAGUAUUUUAUGGUGAUUAAAAGAAAGAAACAUUAGCUUAAAUUAAACAUGUUGACGUUUGAACAGGUUUGACUGAAGUCAUCUGUAUGCUUAAGUUUAUCUUUAAAAUCUACUUAAAAUUAACUUGUCAAUUUUUCAAAGUUGAAAAACUACAGUUUCAGGUCGAUUUGGCAUUUACUUAAAAGAUUAUGUGUUUUGAAUACAAAAUAAUCUUUAUUUCACAUGGGCAUUCAGCUUUGCCUGGACACAAACUCUUGAACUAUGUAGAAAAGCAAAAAUAAGCCAGCGCAGGUUGGUCUAUAGCUACACUGGCCCCCAAAGGCAUAAGAUCCAUUUUUGCAGGAUGCAGCUUUUAGUGUGGAGCAUACAAUUUACUUGCAUAUAUCAGAGCAUAAUAUGUAUACUUAUUGUAAUAUUUGUAUGUUAUUUAAAAGAUUUGGUUGUACUGUAUUUAUUAAAUGUGUUUAAAUGUAGAUUAUAUAUUUUAUAGGUUGAUGGACAGUUAAAUAUUAUUAACAGUGCACAAAUCAGUUCUGCAUGUGAAUGUAUCGUGUUAAACAAAGAAUUUAAUAUAUUCUGGAAAGAAGUGCAAUGUUUGGUAUCAUUGUUUAUGUAUUUACUAGAUGUUCUAUGUGUUUGCAAUUUUAACUUAUCAAAUUUGAAUUAAUUGCAUUACAAUUUGAAACAUCAUACUGGUCCAAUAGGUUGUAAAUAUAAACUCUUUUUAUAAAACAUAUUUCCAUAUAUAUUUCAAAGUUCUAUUUUUAUAUCAGCAUUACAAAUUUCGUAAACAUUCCAGAAGAGGGAUCAAAAGUGUUUAAUUAAUGAGGUUGUAUGGUUGUAUAUUUUUUGUCUGGUCAUCAUUUGCCAAGAAAUUGAAGAUAUUUUCUGAUUUAUUGUAAGAGCAAUGUUUUUGAGCGGACAGUGAAACAUAGAGAAAUUAAUUUUGCUGUAAGAUUAAGACAAAUUUCACAAUACAAUGCUAGUUAUAUGGUUGCGCUAUACAUGGCAUGAUAAAAAUAGUGAUCAUACACAUUUGUGCUUAAAUAACAAUCUGAUAGGGCUAACAUGAAGUUUAGUUUGUAUAACUUAAAACUUGUAUCUCAUCAGACAUACACUGUAUAUAAGUUUUUUCUUUUACAAUAUUACGCUGUAUAAUAAUAUGUAUGAAACAUGUGCCUAAUGCU